AUGGCGAAUCAACCUCCCCCGACUCCAUGGAUACCCAACCCCCGCUUUGCCGACGAGUCGCUCCUCCUCGAAGCCCAGCCUAUCUUUGAUACAUCCCUCGGCGACGAGUCUGUAUGGGGUGGCGGCGCCACCGUCAUCUGCAAUGGCGCUUCCGACCAGGAUAUCACCAGUAAUUUCAGCUUGAAGGCGGGGGGCGAGACUUCCGGGGCUGAUAUGACGUUUGACCUUGGUGAUUACUUGCCUGAAGAGGUCGUGGCGGGACAAGCCGGAAUGUCGCGGACGCAAGCUAUACCGCCUAGCUCCACACAGCGGGACAUGCGUGCACCCCAGCAGGACCUUUCUACGCUCAUAGACAAGGCCUCAACGUCUGGGAAGCAGAAGCGAGAGCGUGAAAGCAUAGAUUCCUUAUCUGUCGUUGGACCAUCAAAAAGAGCCAAACCACACCCCAAAGAGAAUGACGAUUUGUUCUCCGAGAAACUUCCAGAAUUGAUACAUCCAAAGAAAGCAGAAAGUAGCAAGCCCGCUGCUCAACUUUCGGCCAAUACAGCUAGUGCUCGUCUCAAGACGCAGCUCAAGAGAAAAGCCUCAGAUACGGGGAAAGAGAAAAUUGUGAAAACGCCCUUGGCUAUGGCAAAGACAGAGUCGUCUUCAUCCAAACAAUCAGGCUCGGCACUGUCUCGCUAUCUGGCCAGGUCAACGGUACUUGCGCCCAAGACUUCUGCCCAUGUCGAGCCCAAGACCUCAAGUCGUGACGUUUCGCCCGCCCUACCUCAUCCUAUCCUCGCCCAACGACCCAUUGCUGCUCCCACCCGAUUGUCCACUCCUCCUUCUGUACCUGCUGCCGACCCAUCUCCUACCUUGGCCUCCGAAACUACUCAACCCUCUCCGGCAUCUAAACCUACAAACUCCCGGCCAUCUGUGGUUAUCUCGCCGCCCGCUCUUCAGAGUAGGCCCGAUGGCGAGACGUCCAUGACGAAGGCGGUGGAGAAGAGCGCGAGGGGCUCUCGUGGACCGUCCUCGGACCAGGGGCCAUCCCCUAGGGUCGCAGAUGAGAAAACGGAAAUGGAGGAUGUCGAGUGUAGUGUUAAUGACGAGGUGGCGAAAGAGUCACUGGCCGAGGUGCAACAUGAGCAAAUCACAGCAAAGCCCAUCGCGGAGAGCACGAGAGCACCUCUCACCGGGCCAAUGCGGCGCAAACCCGCAGGCCUCACAAAGCCCAUCCCCUUCUCUCGCCCUCUUAGCGAACGACCACAGCGCACGAAAUCGCAAACGGUCUCUACUAAACCUCCCGUGGACUCCAAAAAGGCGGGCGUGCCGGCCAGACCUCUCUCCCGCGCACCUCUUCGCUCUACCACCGCUCUUGUCAACGCUCGACCUGCUCCUCCCAGGGCAGCUAGCAAACCCAAAAAGCCGACAUCUCCUGAGGGAAAGCGUGACUUGCGUAAACCUCCUAUUCCCUCUUCUUUUGCCGCCUCAUCAGCGCUCGCGCGUCCCCUGAAAUCAGGCAGUGGCCAGAAGAGCACGGCAGAGCCUGUCAAGGUGAAGGCAAAGGAUACGGAGAAUGCGCGCGGGGUGUUUGACCGUCUCGCUUCUACCACCACCCACACCUCCCGCGCACCCCCAGCUCCCAAAGCACCCAAACAUUCUUCCCUUCAGCCCACCGUCCCCCUGCGAGGUCAUACGCCCGGUAAAUCAUCUGCUCUCCGCGCACAGCAGCGUGCCGUCUUCGACAAGGCAGUGAGAGAGAAGAUGGAGGAGCAGGAAAGGGUGGCAGCGGAGGAGAGGAAACGGAGGGAAGAAGAAGAAGAAGAGGCGUAUCAGAGGCAGAGAAAGGAGACUGUCAUCUGGGCCAAGCCUGUACCGGGGCUGUACAGGGAAGGGAAGCAGGAAUGA